GUUCUCUUGUCCUAUUACUUCUAUGCCUACGAUAUCUCACAUACAAAGAGAAGGCCCUGCAUAUCUGGACAGUCCCAGACCAAAUAUCAGUCAUUACAGCAUUUUCCUGUCUACAAAUAUGUGUUUCGUCAUCGGAGAUCGCUCUAAAUCUCAUCAGUCCAGCAAGAUAGGUAAGAUAAAUAGGAGUUUACCAUGUCUAACAACUCAUAUCUGGGCAAUAACAUCACCCCUUCUAUGAGACAACCACUAUUUUCUCCUCGCGUCACCCCUAUUCCUUUCUCACCUUUUCCGCAUGAGCCACAGCUCUGUUCGUGCGACCCAUGUGCCACACUCAGGCUAUCUCGACGUAUGGAUCUAAGAUGUUCUCACGCAGAAGUCACCGGGGGCAAUGUAGCCGCAAAUAUCCGUCAAGAGCGUCAUGAGAUCAGAACCUCCAGAAGAAGCAGCACGAGAAGAUCAGACUCGGAAUCCCGAGCGACAUACCAAUUGCCACCGGUAGUCAUACCGCCGCAUCUCCAUCCGGGGAUGGCUUAUCCGGAGAUUUACGUCUAUCCCGGCAAAUCACAUCAUAUCACAUUCCCAGUGGUCAACUACAGCUCGGCCUACCAGGCUCAGAAUCGCUCAUCCGGGCCAGGAUGCUACCUGGCCAUCUCGCCGCAGUGCGCGAAGCCGGCAGACUUCGAGGCGGCGCUAACGCCGCCAGGUUCCGGGCUUGCUGUCGUAGCGCGGUUGUCCAAGACGCAAAGAACGGCACCUAUUGGCGUGUUUCGAGACGCCGCGGAACUUCGCAAAGACUCGAUUCAGCUGGAAAUCUGGGAUGAAGAUGCUAUCAAGGCCCCUGCAAAGGGUCACGGAGCAGAAGUUGAAACCGACGUUCCCGAUGGCGCUGAAGCUGGAGCGUCAAAGAAGAAAAAGAGAGGUGUGAAUCCAGUACAGGCGAAGUAGCCCUAAAGCUGACAAGCUAAUUGGAUUGUAAGUUGGGCAGCUUAUGAUGAACGAUUCAUAGGCAAGUUGUCAAUAAGAUAGUAUGGAUUAAUAAACAACGACAUCUGGCCAACUUGUUGUCUCCCUUGGUCCAUUUCAGGGGUUAAACGUAUAUGUAGGUAUGUACUGUUCAAUCAGCCAAGCCUCUAGAACAUUUCGUUGCUGUUUCUUAUCCACCGGGAUCGCGCUAGCCGUAGAUGCGAUGUCGACCAGCAAUGCAGACUCUGCAUUGCAGAGUACCUACCUAUGUAAGGUAAGGAUAUAAUUUCUGCACGUCAUGUCGGUAGGGAAGUUAUGAAGGAUUUCACAUCUGACAAUCGGCAUUGAUUGCCGAACGGAUUCUGCAUCUUACAGCCCGUAAGGCGUACAUAACCCCCAAAUGCUGCGUCACCGCAUCGGUAAUAAUCGCACUGGAGUGCCGCGUAUCGGGUUAGACGUCUGGCCGCGGGAAGGUAUCGUGUUGAUCAGAUAAAAAUUUGAUGCAUCGUGCAACGGGAUAAUAAAUUGGUCCGGGGUUGUGGACCCGGGCGGUGUAAUUUGAUGAGACGGGAGUCCCGACUCGCCGAC